AUGGCUUCAUCAACUUUUUCUUCUUUGUUUAAGCUUUCAACAUUCAUUUUAUGUUUAUGGGUUCUGUUUGGGACUACUUCGGGUCAGCUAUCUGCAAAUUUCUAUGCUAGAACAUGUCCUAAUUUUCGUUCGGUUAUAACAAGAGCCGUGAAUUCAGCUGUUGCAAGUGAAGCUCGCAUGGGAGCUUCACUGCUUCGCCUCCAUUUCCAUGAUUGCUUUGUUAAUGCAAAAAAUGCCAAAAGUAUUCUUCAUUCUUUAUGGAGCCAACGAAAACGACAAAAAGGAUGUGAUGCAUCUGUGUUACUGGACGACACCGCAAACUUUACCGGAGAAAAGAAUGCGGGUCCAAAUAGCAAUUCCAUCAGAGGAUUCAAUGUCAUUGAUACCAUUAAAACGCAAUUAGAGCGCCAAUGUCCAGGUGUUGUUUCUUGCGCAGAUAUACUAUCUGCUGCUGCUCGAGAUUCAGUUGUGGCUCUUGGUGGACCAGGUUGGAGCACUGUAUUUGGAAGAAGGGACUCCACAACUGCAAGCCAAAGUGCCGCAAAUUCUAACCUCCCUUCACCAGCUUCAAGUCUUAGUAGUCUCAUCUCAUCCUUUUCAAACAAAGGAUUUACUGCUAACGAAAUGGUAGCUCUCUCUGGAGCUCAUACAAUUGGUCAAGCAAGGUGCUCCGUAUUCCGUAAUCGUCUUUACAACGAGAAUAACAUAAAUUCAUCCUUUGCGACAUCCUUGAGAGCAAACUGUCCUUCCAGUGGCGGUGACAAUAAUCUUUCACCACUAGAUUCUUCAGCAACAUCUUUCGAUAAUAGAUACUAUAAUGAUUUGAUUAGCCAGAGGGGAUUUCUGCAUUCAGAUCAAGAACUAUCUAACGGGGGUUCAGCUGAUGCACAAGUGAGGACCUAUGGAUCGAAUCCUUCUGUUUUCUUUCGUGACUUUGCACGUGCUAUGGUGAAGAUGGGCAAUCUUAGCCCUCUAACCGGCUCCAAUGGUCAAGUUAGGACCAACUGCAGAAGAACCAAUUAAUAACCUCUUUUCUUACACAGCAGGAAAAUGUCCAUCAACCGGUGUUGUAACACCAUCUUACAUUUCUUUUUCCUAUCACCUCGCAGGCUUGCUUCUUUAAAUAAAUUUCUAAGCCUUAAAAAAACAUCUAUCGACCU